CAAUCUGUCACCAAAAAAAAUACAAAAUAAAUAAGUAUAUACUAAUUUUGUUAAUAUAACGUACAAAUUUUGAAUGAUAAAGUAUUAUUAAGUCCACAAUAUUGUUUUGUCUCUCUGUCCAUAUCUUUCUUACUCUUUCUCUAUAAAGCUAGUGUUUGGUUUCAUUUUUUUUAUGAGUUGGUCUCAAUGGUGGUUCCAUUCAGCCUUGUGGAUAAAAUGAGAACAGAAGACUGGUUGUUGGUAGAGCGUGAAGAUGAGGAUGACCAGUGUUCAUCUUCAACGACUUCGUCCAUUGGGAAGGACAGCGAUGUUUCAAAAUGCAGUGAGAUAGACGAUGAGAAUGAGGUUCAGAGUGCAUAUAAAUAUGAUGAACCAUUCAACAUGAUGGACUCACUCCAUCAUCACCUUCCCAUCAGGAAGGGAAUCUCAAAGUUCUACGAUGGCAAGUCUAAGUCAUUCAUGUGUUUAGCAAAUGAUGUUUCUUCACCAUCUGUUAAAGAUAUUGCAAAACCAGAAAAUGCAUACACAAGACGGCGUAGAAAUCUAAUGGCCUUCAAUCAUGUUUGGGAGAAGAAUAGAAAUUUCCUUUUGAGAAGUAACAAUGGUGGAAUUUUUAAGAGAACGUUAAGAUUAAAUCAAAGUGCUGUGGCUCAUGAAUUUGCAAUGAACUGCAGUGGUAGUUGUUCCAGGGAGGAAUCAACUUCAAGCUCAUACCAUAGAUCUCCACCUCGUCGACGAAAUCAACUGUCUAGUGCAAGUUCUAGUACAAACUCUUCUAUUCACUCUCACUGGCUGAUCUCCAAUAGUGCUGCAAUUGUAAUGAAUUCCUCCAUGAGAAAUGAGGCUGAGCAUCUAUCACGUUAAAUUUUUUAUCUUAUGGAGCAUUGUGGAUAAUGGUAAUGCCGAAGUCAACAUCAGAGAAAAAAGUGUGGCUGGCAGUCCGCCAUGUAAUUGUGGGCAAUAAAUUGUGAUGCACAAUUAAAACAGAGACCAUAUCCAAAGUCAUCA